UUUGAAUUACCAUUUAUUGGAAUAACAUGUAUCUAGCCUCUCAUAACGAGUAACAAGGUGUUUUAUCUAUUCUUGCUAUUUCCGAGUACUCUGAAAGGACACAGCUAACAUCUAAAUUUUUUGGCAACAUAUUCCACAUGGAAAAUCUGUGUUGUCGAGUCGAUUUGGUUGCAAUUCAUAGCAUGCCUGAAAUUUAACAUGACAUAGCCAUUGUGUAGACACACAUUUUUAGAUUUACCACCUUGUUUCUGAGGUAAUUCUUAUAACACUUGCAUAGGCUUUGUCGGUAAAAAUUGUAAUUUUCCUUAUUAUUAAAAUUUUUCUAAAACCGAAUCGAUAAAAAUAUUUAAAAACUGGUCUUAUGAAUCUUAAUGGGCAUUAACGUAACCCAUUAUCGAUUUUUUGAAAUAUUUGCCAUCAUGUUGGCUCAUAUUUUUACAUUUUCCAUACGAAAUUAAUCGUAGAAACGUCUAAAAAACAAACUUGAUAUAUAAAAACGUUCGUACAAAAAUUGUGUUUAUAGGUUACAUGAUACGGAUAACAAUUACUUCCCCACAUUGACAGUAAGCAACCUUGUAAUUAGAUAUUCACGCAUUGCAAUAUCAGUGCCAAUAAGACUUUUACCUCCUUUUUACCACCUCGUAACCGCAGUUCUCCCCAUUUAGAAAUUCCUCGUAUAUUUUAAUACUCGCCCACGCUACGCCUCUGACCGGCUUCAUUCGCGAUUCCCAGUCUACCCACGGGAACAUAACACAGUAUCUUCGACUACACAACACACUCCGACCAGCUGUUGUUCUAGUGAGUGGCAUCCCAUUUCCAAACAUGCCAUUGAAAAUUAGAUACGACCCCGUCCAUGGGUUUGACUACGUCCAUAACUUUACAGACCCCUUUAUCCCUGACUACAGGGUGCACAGGUCAUACGACUACUACGAUUGGCCAUGGAGGCUACGCGUUUGGUAUCCAAACAGAUACUUCAGAAGAUACAUAAACAAGGAAUUUAAUCUGAGAGAUGGAAUCUACAUGUACUGAGCAAUGCGAUUUGUGUAUUUAUUUUGAAGUGUAAUUUUUUACGAUUAUUAUUUUUUGAUAUAACGUAUGUUAUUUGCACAGUGUUUAAUGGAAAUGGUAUAUGUAUAUUUUAAUGUAAUAAAGAUUGAAACCACA